UUUAGUGCUCACAGUUUCAUCCCAGGCCUGUGGCUCUGGAACGCAGCCCCUCAGAAGCAGAGAUAAUUGGAACUCAGGGGGGGAAAAGUGGUGUCCGAGUCUUUGAACAAAAAAGGUCUUGUUUCAGGAAUGUGGUGCUGGAGGCCAGUGCUUGCCAGCAGGGUCUGUCUCCUGCUUGGAGCUGGUGCCUGCACUCAGAUCCUGCCCUCCGCAGACACUCUGGCUGGGAUUUUCUGGGAGCAUCUCUCAAAAUGGAGGCAGAGUGCCCCAUGGCAAGUACAGGAUGUAUCCUGAGAAUUGUAUUUCUGCAAGCAGAGCAGGAGGGGCUGGUAGGAGGAUGUGGGGAAGCAGGAAGAGAGCUUGAAGAGGUGCUCAUAAGAUUCUUGUACAGGGCAGAUGAGGAGGGAAACAAACAACGCAGAGAACAGGAAAACCGAUACGCUAGGAAAUCAUGGAUCCACCCCCUGGGCUCCAGCUAAGGAGGAUGGGACAAACUCCAUGAUUUCUGGCAGCCAUGAGCUGCAGCUGCUCCACUCAGCUCCCAUACUGCAGCCAGAUGCGUUUGAGUGCAGCCCCUCCUGCCCUGACACAGCCCCAGCAAUGCCCCCAUGCUCUGGCAAUGCCCCACACGUGUUUGGGGAUGUCCCAGGUCCCCUCACCUCCAGGGAGGGUUUCCCAAGGGAGCAGGGAAGUGGGCAGGAGUCAAGUUUAAGCACUGAUGUUCUGUAUCCUGUUGUUUUCCUACCAGGAUUGUUGCAGUUUCCUGCACUGUCUUAUCUGGAGCAGGGAAGCCAGCGCUCUCCAGUUCUCUGGCUCUGUGCAUGUCCCAGGUUCUGAGAGAGAAAGGCCAUUCAAAGAGUCACUGAUCCCCACCUGAGAGAAGGCUCAGUGAGUCAGAAAGCAGCAGCAUGAGCAAGAACACCAGUGACAGAGGGUUCAGCGAUGCCAGUUCCCUUCAAGCGGAUCUCUCCAAUCUUGUGAUCUGGGCACACAGUCACGGGACCAUCUGCAACCAGAUCCCAUUCCUGGAAUUUAUGCAGAACAUGGGUCACCUGAGCAAUGACAGCACUGUGGUGUGGAUGUGCAGAGUUGGACAUGCCUAUCACUGGCACUGUGGGAACUUACAUGACCGAGGUGAAGAAGAGACUGAGGCUGUAGGAAGGAGAAAGAGGCUCCUGUCUUCUGAGUCUUUGGCAAGGGAAUCCAAAUUUGAGGAAAAGAGGUUCAAGCUGACCCCAUCAUCUUUUGAGAUGGGUCAAGCAGAUUCUGGGAGCACAGGGUUAUGUGGCAGAUCCCAAGGAAUCGAUGACAGGAAACCUGUACCAUCAAUAUCUGCAGAAGAGAAGUACUUGCCAAAGUCUGAUACUAGCGUUCAAACUGGCAAAGAGGAUGAGAAGUCCAAAAGUGACAAAGACAUACAGCCCAUGUCUGAUGAAGAGAGGCAUGAGGCAGAUGAAGACAACCAAGGAGACAGAAUCAGCCAGGAUAAUGUGUCAGAGCCAUCUGUUGAGGAGUUGGAGAUGCCUCACUGCCAGACGAGGGCAUUGCACCAGCCAGCAGCCUCCCAAAGAGCUGCCUGUGCCCCCACAGCAAGGUCUCCUGUCAGUGACUCGGAGGACCUGAGCACAAACAUCCUGAAGCUGGGUUCUUUCACUGCUACAGGGCCCACAGCUGAAACUUGCAGAUCAAAGAGACUCCUGGGGUCAGAAGCACCAAAGGUGUGUUUCAAAUCCCUUCCCAUCCUCAGCGCUAAGGCCAGGGCCCAGCUUGAAUCGCAGCCCUCUGUGAUACUCUUUGAGUUCCAAGCCACUGCUGAUGUUCAGCAACAUCUCCAGCUGAGCCCUCCCAAGUGUAGCACACCGAGAAUGGGCUCCAGCAGGGAUGGUGCUGAGAAUGUGAGUGAGGACAGUGACACAUCCAGGCAGACACCUUGUUCUUCAGCCUUCCAGAGUCCAGAGAGCCAUCCACCUGCAGCCUCAAAUGAAGAUGUGCUGAAGAAACAGGAGAAGAAAACAAAUAGCAUUGGAGACAUAGAAGUGUUCAAAGAGUGGCUGAAGUUGCACCACCCCUCCGAGACACGCAAGAUCCACACGCUGCCUCCUGCAGACCUUGACCACUACCUGGUCUCGUUCUUCAGCUCUGCCAAGAGACAGAAUGGCAUGGAUUUUUCUUCCAAUUCUUUGAGUUUCUUCCAUCACAACAUCAGCCGGUACCUCAAGGACCACAGCUAUCCAUACAACAUAUUGAGAGGGCCAGAGUUCAGGGCCUCUCAGGAAGCCUAUAAAUUAAAUCAUUGGUGUCUGUUCCUAAAGGAGGAAGGGUGGAGUGUUGUGGAGAACAUGACAGAUGAUGAUGUGAAAAACCUUUCUAAGAAGGGAAUUUUAAGCAAGACACACCCUCAGGGCUUGCUACACCUCAUGUUCACCAGCCUCAUUAGGGGGUUUGGGGCCAGCACCCACUACCAGGCCCACCAGCUGUACUGGGGACAGGUGGUGCUGAGGAAGACCAAAGGAGAGCUGGAGUACUUGGAGUGGAAAGAUGAUCUGAGCCCCAAGGGAGACAAAGAGGAGCUAUGCCCACGGCUCUUUGCCAAGCCUGAGGAUCCAGAGACCUGCCCAGUUGCUAGUUACAAGGAGUAUGCCAGGAAGAGGCCACCAAACAUGCUGAAAGACAACCACCCUCUGUAUCUGUUUCCCAAGUCACUGUGCUCUGUCUGGGACGAAGUGUGGUACAGCAGGAAGGCACUGACAAAACCCAAAAUUUAUAAGAUCUUGAAAGUUAUUACCCAGGAAGUCACAAAAACUGAAAGAAAGACCAGGAAAUUGGUGUGUCCCAUUGGCUUUGCCCCUUCAAGCUCUCCAAAGCUGGUCUGAAGCAGAAUCCUAUUGCAAUAUUUGGUGUAGCUUGAGAACAAACAUCCUUCUGCUGGGCUUCACCUUGGCACUGAAGGUACCUACAGAUCUGCAGUGCCUUGGCUUUCAGAGAAUCUCCUUUGUUGUUGUUUCUGUUACUGGAAUUGAUAAUUCAGUGAGUUAAGGAGAAUCUUCAGUUUCACAUUUGCCAAAAAAGUUAAUGUUCUACCGUGUGGUCAAUGCUGUUAGAAACAGCCAGUGCUGAUACAGAGAGGGCUCAGAGGUGGCAGAGCCUGGCCAGGAGCGUCAGCUGCACCCACAUUUUGAGGGUGACACCACACACAGCUCAGCCUGGGGCACAGACCUGCGGGGACGGACGAGCAAGAUGAGGAGAGUGAUGACGCUGCCGAUCCCAACCUCGCAGGAAUGCUUCUGACAAGGUUCAGGUCAUUUCCCCUAGGGAAAGAUUCAUAGAUGGAAGGAGUUAUGGCUGUUUAAAGUUACUUAAAGUGUCUGACAAUGUUGAAAGGUUUUAUAGUAAGUGGUUUCUCUGGAGUGCAAAACACAACUCCACAAAGGCACUGGGAGGUGAGCUCAGCUCUGCUCAGCUGCUCCAGUGCUGUUUAGAACCUUUUUGGUUGCACUGUUGACAGAGCCAAAUAAAAGAACCUUUAAUUCA